CUAAUUCUCCUUCCUAGGAUUUUUUUUUUCCAGCCAAAACACAAAUACUAUAAACACAAAUAUAGUCCAAGUUGUUUCAACAAUAUUUGGCAAUAUGCACCUUCAUUGUGUAGCACCAAAACCAGAAAAUGGUGGCACAGAAUUGAUGGAAGCUUCGACGAAAUCGUCGAAGCAAUAUGACAUGUCCUGUCUGGUUUUGCCUGUCCAGAACAAGUCACAACAGUCUUUUUCACAAAGGGCCAUGUACCCUAUAACUUUGAAGUUUGAAGAGAUUGUUUACAAGAUUAGUCAAGAAACCAAAGGAAUGUAUUGUGGAGGAUCAUCAAGUACAAAAGAAAAGACUAUACUAAAUGGAGUAACAGGUAGUGUAAGUCCAGGAGAGAUGCUAGCAAUGUUAGGUCCAUCAGGUAGUGGCAAAACUACCCUCCUAACAGCACUAGGAGGGCGUCUUUCGGGCAAAUUAUCUGGUAAAAUUACAUACAACAGCCAGCCAUUCUCAGGUUCAAUCAAACGUAGAACCGGAUUCGUGACACAAGAUGAUGUCCUAUAUCCUCAUCUUACAGUAAUAGAAACAUUUCUAUUCACAGCUCUGUUGAGGCUUCCACAAAAUCUCAGUAGGGACGAAAAAGUAAGACAAGUAGAGCAUGUUAUUGCAGAACUUGGAUUAAACAAAUGUAGAAACAGUAUGAUUGGAGGUCCAUUGUUUAGAGGGAUAUCAGGUGGAGAAAAAAAAAGAGUUAGUAUAGGUCAAGAAAUGCUAAUCAACCCGAGUUUACUACUUCUUGAUGAGCCAACUUCAGGAUUGGAUUCAACAACAGCACUCAUGAUCCUUAACACAGUUAAACAACUAGCAAGUAGUGGUCAUACUGUGAUCACAACGAUCCAUCAACCGUCUAGUAGACUUUAUUAUAUGUUUGAUAAGGUUGUGUUGCUCUCUGAGGGAUGUCCUAUCUACUAUGGCCCUGCAUCAACUGCCUUGGAAUACUUCUCCUCUAUUGGUUUUUCCAUAUCCCUCACUAUCAAUCCAGCUGAUCUCUUGCUCGAUCUCGCCAAUGGAAUUGGACCGGAUACCAAGAAUGCCAUCGAGCAAGGUGAUAGUACAGAACAGGAAAAGAAGUUGGUGAGAGAAGCUAUCAUCUCCGCGUAUGAAAAGAACAUUUCGACAAGGUUGAAAGCUGAAGUAUGCAGUUUAGAUAACAGUAACUACAGUUGCACAAAGGAUGUUUCGACAAGAAAUGGUGUGAAAUUAGAGCAAUGGUGCACAAGUUGGAUGCAUCAAUUCAAAGUACUACUUAUGAGAGGGUUAAGGGAACGAAGAUACGAGACAUUCAACAAGCUUAGGAUCUUCCAAGUUAUAAGUGUAGCAUUUCUUGCAGGACUAUUAUGGUGGCAUACUCCAACAUCCCACAUUGAAGAUCGAAUUGCAAUGUUGUUCUUUUUCACGGUAUUUUGGGGCUUCUAUCCACUCUACAAUGCAGUUUUCACAUUUCCACAAGAAAGAAGAAUGCUCAUCAAAGAGAGAUCAUCAGGAAUGUAUCGUCUCUCAUCGUACUUUCUAGCCAAAACUGUGGGAGAUUUGCCUUUAGAACUAGCAUUACCAACAGCAUUUACGUUCAUCCUUUACUGGAUGGGAGGGCUAAAACCCAAUCCAACUACCUUCAUCCUAUCUCUCCUAGUAGUCCUCUACAACGUCCUCGUUUCCCAAAGUCUCGGGCUAGCUUUUGGUGCCUUACUAAUGGAUGUUAAACAAGCCACUACUUUAGCAUCAGUCACAACAUUGGUAUUUCUAAUUGCUGGAGGAUACUACAUUCAACAAAUUCCCCCGUUCAUCUUGUGGUUAAAAUAUUUGAGUUACAGCUACUAUAGUUACAAGUUGCUUCUAGGGGUUCAAUACAAUGACAAUGACUACUAUGAAUGUUCAAAAGGAGUCUAUUGCCAAGUUGCAAAUUUACCUGCCAUUGAAUCAGUAGGCUUAAACAAUACGUGGAUCGAUGUCUCGGUCAUGGCUGUGAUGUUGAUAGGCUACAGAGUUGUGGCUUAUCUAGCACUCACUCGUGUACGAUGAUUGAUUCGAUGAAGAAGAUUAUAGGAGCAAAGUUGAAAGAGUUCAAUUUUCUGCAACAGAGGAAGUAAGAAUUGUUAGAUUUAGAUUUUGAUCAUGUAACACAAAACACCACUCUGGCAAUAUUUUUGCAUACAGUUAACUUUAACAUUUUUGCAUACCGUUAACUUUGGAAAAUUGAAAUGCUUUGGAGAAUAAACCUUUGCCACUUUAGAGUAUAUUGAAUAUGCAUCACUUUUAAGAUGUAUUUUCUCUUUUACUUGGUUUGAUACACUUGAGUCGAGGAUCUUUCGGAGACAGUCUCUCUAUCUCCACGAGCCUGUGUACACUCUAACCUCCUCAGACUCCAUUUAGUGGGAUUUCACUGGGUAUGUUGUUGUUGUUAUCACUUUAAGAUGAAACAUUUAAGUGAUUUAUACAUUAUAGUGAUAUUUAAAUAGUGUGAACUUGUUGUAAUGCUUGAAAUUUGAAGAAGUCAUCAAAAGGCAAAUUUGUUCAUUCUGUAAGCAGACAAUAAUAGAUUUUGCAUAAUGCAUAAUGGUUGACCGUCUAAGAAACUUCAAAAUAUUCAAUAAUAAGAGAGUACAAAUAGUGA